GGGUGCCUGCUGGGGACUUGCUGCUGCCCAGCCUGACCAUGGAGAUCCCUGUGCCCAUCCAGCCGUCCUGGCUGCGCCGCCCAGCUCCCCUGGCAUUCCCCAGCCUGACCACCCCCAGCAGGCUCUUCGAUCAGCGCUUUGGGGAGGGUCUGCUGGAGGCUGAACUGGCUGCCCUGUGCCCACAGGCUCUAGCACCCUACUACCUUCGGGCACCUAGCGUGGCCCUUAGGGCUGAUCCUGGUCCUGGAGAGGGGACCCUGGCCAAGGGGGAGUUCUCCGUGUUACUGGACGUGAAGCACUUCUCCCCGGAGGAGAUCAACGUUAAGGUGGUGGGGGGGUAUGUGGAAGUCCAUGCCCACCAUGAGGAACGCCCGGAUGAGCACGGCUUCAUCUCCCGGGAGUUUCACCGCCGCUAUCGGCUACCAGAGGGGGUGGACCCUGCCACGGUGACCUCAGCCCUGUCCCCUGAGGGGGUCCUGUCUAUCCAGUCCUCAGCCGGCACCUCAGGGACCCAGGCAGCUGAGCGCACUGUGCCCAUUGCCCAGGGAGCAGCGUCUGAGGCAAAGUAGGAGGGGCACUCUCCUUCAGCUCUGACCCCGCUGCCAGCUAAGUCUCCCUGGGUGCUGCCCCCCAUCCCCAAUGCCUACUCCUGCCCCCCAGGUCCCCCACCCUCCUAGCUCUGUCCUUCCCAAUGACCAGCCCCAGCUCUGGAGAGUCCUUGCCUCCAGGACCCAAUAAAAGCCCUGGACCUCUC